AGUAAAAAAAUAUCGAUCAUUGUGACCGGUGCCUAACCAAAGAUAUUAUAUCGAUAGCUAUUUUAUUUGCAUCUCUAGUUUGUCAGCAAGAAAAUCACAUCCGUUUCCCCUCCUUAAUUAAUUUAAGCAAUGAUAAUAUUCUUUGAAUCAAUCCAAUAAUGGCUAACCGCAUUCCGCCCUUCAAUAACGACUGGAUCUCGGAGGCGCUCCAAUUCCAAAAGCUAUUGGUCGCCACCACGAUGCGGGGACUGUGCUCCGAAGUGCAGGGACUGAACCGCGUGGAGCUCCGUUGGCUGGAUAAAUUUGAGAAGAAAUGGUUGGAGGAGCUGGACAACCUACAGCCGGAUUCGAAGCCUCGUCUGUUCUCAACGCAGUCGAAAAUUAUAAUAGAGGAGAUCGUUUGGGACGACGCCUUGGACGUGGACGACAAUGAGAUGGUCAUGGACCGUAUCUGCAUCCCGGCAGCUCGUUCCCAUUGGAACCAGCGCUACUUCGAGGUCAGGAUGCCAGCCUACUUCCUCAAGAGGGGCUUAUUGAAUGUCCACAUCAACUUGGAGAUACUGGAGUUUAUCAUGCUCGCUCCCGAAGAAAUGGCCAACGCCCUUUUUCAGAAUUUCGUAGACGAUGUGGUCGAGGACCUGGAAAAUAAUUAGAGUAAAAAUACUUCUAUAAUAUUAUUAUUAUAUUUGUAUAAGCUCGCUUUUGUAUUCCAUAGUUAAUACAUGUGUGAUACAAAAUUGUACUUUUAUUUGUUACCCUUAAUGAAUACUCAUGGGUCUUACAAGUUCCAUUCACAAGAA